AGUCGUCUGAAAGCUUCCGCGGUGAAUCUGUAUUUUGUUCGUGCUCAUCUUAUAUUAAAUGGAGUGAUUAAGUAACCACUAUUCGAGCGAUCGUGACGCUGAGUGUUGUUUAAUAUUUCAAUAAAGGAAGUGUCUUAUAAAUGUGUUUCUCGUAAUAGUGUAAAGUUAGAAAUGAUUAAGUGUGACUAAAAACUAAAUGAGCGAUUGUACUGAGAGGUCUGGUUAAGUGAUUAAAGCUCUUUUUAGCCGUGGAAGGAAAACUGGAGAUCGCUCAUCGGGCAAAGUGUUCAGCUCGGGGAACGGCCAACGCUCCGUAUAUUGCCGAGAACCUAUGCUUUAAUAAAGGGGUGAGCGUCAACGGGCGAAUGGUCCGCAGAGAUGGGAGGGCCGCGGCGCAUGUCAAGUGCGCUGCUGCUGCCCUUCGCCCUCCUCUCUCUUCCACCAGUUGGUGCUUUCAACGCCACUGCAUACCGAGAAGAAGUGGAAUCAUCCCUUCGGCUCGUCCACGCAGUGGCUACUGGUGCCACAGGAGCACUCUGCGUGACUCAUAGGUACGGCCGCCUACAUGCCCCCCUACACGCAGCACGUUGGGAUGCGGCUAGAGCGAGAGCAGAUUUAGCUGCCAACUUACUACGUCAACUCGGUUUGGAAAACGCUGAAGUUCUAACUGCAGUUUCUCAAAGUUUAGUAAUGGGAAGUAGUUCUUCCGAGCGCGCCGUGGGUUCACGUGUUGUAGCCUUGCAACCUGAUGGUGUAGUACAAGGUUCAAUAGCUUGGGAACGAUAUGGCACCGGUGAACCAGUUGCCGUACCAUCGCCACAGAUGGAUAAACCACCAGAUCCUGAAUACCCGUGGUAUGUAUCUGCGUAUCAAACCGAAGAACUGAGAUCAUCUAGAUUUAUGCCCUCGCCGCCCGGGGCUGCAAUGGGAGGCUGGUGGACGUACCCAUAUUACAGCUGUGAGGCUGAACGUUGGCUGAUGUCAUAUACAGCUCCAGUAUCGAAAAUUCGUGGAUUAAGCGGUGUAGUAUCACUGGACAUAGACAUAUCUAAUUUGGAAAUAAAUCAAUGCGAAGCGAAGUAUGAAGACGAAAACGACAAUCAAAUUUACUCUUUUCAUGGAACACACAAAUGUCCCAAUGAGACGACUUAUUGUAUUUACAAACGAAAUCGAGGAAUGAACAUAAGGCAUACAGGAUGGGCAAGAGGAUCAUAUAUUUGCAAAUGUAGACCUGGAUUUUAUUCUAUACAUCAUCCUGAAGGAUUCAAUGGCUCUCUAAUUGAAGUUGCGUACCAAGAAUAUGAAGAAGGUGGUCUAGAAAAUUGGAGUGAGCCUUACGAAUGCUUUAAAUGCCAACCUGGUUGUGAAACAUGCAGUGGCCCAGAACCAUGUCUUGCCACAUACAAUUGGCCUUUCCGGAUAUCAUUGCUGGUUAUAUCAGUGUCGUGUGCAGGGUUGACAGUCUGCCUUACCAUCUACACGCGCCAUCAUCGUCGUGUUAAAGUGUUUCGUGUAGCCAGCCCUGUAUUUCUCUCAAUAACAUUAUUAGGAUGUGCCAUUAUGUAUAUGGAAAUGGCAGCUAUAUUUCCAGUUCUUGACAGAUACUCGUGUAUUGCCACAAAGUGGACUCGUCACAUGGGAUUUUGCAUCACUUACACAGCCUUACUCAUGAAAACAUGGAGAGUUUCUCUCACAUAUCGAGUUAAGUCCGCGCACAAGUUAAAGCUGACUGACAAACAGUUACUACAGUGGAUGGCACCGAUACUACUUAUAAUGCUAGUGUAUUUGUGUACAUGGACGCUCUCUUCACCACCAGACGCUGAAGUUAUAACCGACGACUUAGGAUUAAAAUUCAAGCAGUGUACUUACAACUGGUGGGACCACAGUUUAGCUAUAGGAGAAAUCCUGUUUCUACUGUGGGGCGUGAGAGUAUGCUACCGCGUCAGACACGCUGAGAGUUUAUAUAACGAAGCUCGCCUCAUAUCCAUCGCUAUCUACAAUAUAUUUACUGUUAAUUCGUUAAUGAUUGCAUUUCAUUUACUAAUAUUGCCGCGAGCCGGUCCUGAUAUUAAAUAUCUUCUGGGCUUUAUAAGAACACAACUGUCCACAUCAACUACCGUAUUAUUAGUAUUUCUUCCAAAGGUGUUGCGUGUAGUGCGCGGCACGGGGGACACGUGGGACAGCCGCGCGAGAGCUCGGGGAGUCCCCGCUUCCUCUUCACUCAACGGUAUUGGUCUUGUGCCUGACGACCCACCGGACUUGUACCAAGAGAACGAGGAACUAAAGGAAGAAGUACAAAAACUCGCAGCACAGAUAGAAUUCAUGAAGAUCGUGCAAAUGGAGAUGCACAACAGACAUCUACGACCGCGGCCCGGUGGCUAUUUCAGUAGCCAGGCACCAAAUUCGCAUAGUCCAGUGCAUAACAACUCCAACUCACAGGAGUCCACGGAAUGGACCGGGCCGGUGUGACUGGUGGCGCUAAGCGACAGCGGCUGGAUGUGGCCCGGACCGGCCGCGCGCCGUGUGGUCACUACCGUCGACCCGCGACCGCCCGCCUUCGUCUGAACCGCUAGUACUCUAUCAUUUGUUGAAUUAUUUGCAGGCAUCAACGCAUUGUUUUUUUCACUUAGAAUAAGGAUACAAAAACGGAUCCAAAUUUCGUUACGUUUAUCCAUUAGGUUCUAAUAUAGGUGUCGUUUUUGUUACGGUUCCAAUAAAAUCGAUUCCACAACAUAAGUUUUAGUUUCCAUGUUGAGAGAAGAAGAUACCUACGAUAGGAUACUGUUACGAUUAUAGUAAUGAUGAAAGUAUCAAAAUGAAUCUGCAGAUCCAAAAACUAAUCGUUAUUUUCAACCCAAUAUCUUAAAAUCGAUAAGUCCUUAACGAGAAUGGAAUGCGGGAUCCUUACUUUCUUAUUAUAAAUGAACGAAAUUAAAACGUAAGGUUUUCGUCAGUGCUUUUGCCUUUCCACGAAUUAUUAAUAUAAUGAAACCAUCAAACUAUAAAGAAGUAAACCGGUGAGGCAGAAGCGGUAGAAGUACCUUUGAAUUCAAAACUUACCUUAUUUAUUUAAGCUAUAUUUAUAUAGAAGAAAAGAAUUUUCCAUUAGUUUAUAUUCAAUGAAUUUAACGCUUAUUUAUUAAGAAAUUAUUGUAUACACCGUUUUGAGACUAAAAUAAGGGAUGUAUAUAGUACAUAUUUGCUAGGUCGACGCAGGUAUUAUGUACACUACACAUAGUACAUACCACUAAUCUUUUGCUAUGGCAUAAUUUAUAGCGCACAGCAUCUCAGUUUCUGGAUCCGGAAGAGUUAAUAUUCGGGGAAACUGUUAAACCUAGCUUUAAGCCAUGCCGACUUUUACAGACAUCUUAUACAAAUUCUCUAGAUCUAGUAAAGAAAUUGUUAGUUAGAUUUAAGAUAUUGCCAAAUUCUCAAGGGUACCUAAAUCGUUGUAUUAUACUAUGACGAUAUGUGUAUGUUUCUCAGAUUAUUAUAAUAAUACGAAAAUACGAGAAUAAAGUUAAUAAAAACCUUAAAACCAC